UUGUGUUUAGCAAACCAGAAACUUUUCAGAAAGGGACUAUUUUUAAACUUAAACAAUUAAGCAAACAUUUUUUCUUGUGACACUUUGCAUUAAAACGUUUAAAGAAAUGUCACACGAAACAUUUAAUAAUUCACAGUCUGACGGAGAGAUUCGAGAGGAAUCACAAAGACUGUAUGGGUUGAUGGAGAGAGAAAUACCUGACCCUAUGGAGCUUCAAAUGAAAAUUCAACAACUCCAGUUGGAGUUGAGCACCCUGAAGCUCAAAAAGAAUUAUUAUAAAGAUCAUUUCCAUCAGUCAAGAGAUGAGCUUAAACACGUGAAGGCUCAGGCUAAAGAAAAUCAGACACAGGUGGAAUCUCUGGAGGCUAAACUUCAGGAACAGGAAAAGUACGUUCAGACAAUGCACCAUGACUUUUUGGAAAAGGCGGAAUCUCUCAUUGAGCAGAACAGCAGCAUUGCUGCUCAGUUGUCUCAGAUUCAAAGUGAUAAAAACGAGCUAAAGAGACAGAACACAGAUCUCAAGGACUCUUUAGAGAGACUUGAGCAGCAAGUGGGAGAAGCUCACCAUGAAAUAAUAAAAAAAGAAGAGAUAAUAGAAAAACAAUAUAGGAAAGUAUUUCGGAAGACAGAACUCACAGUUGAGCUGAAAAGAGAAAUUUGUACUCUUCAGCGUCAGGUGAGACAGACACUUGAUGAAAAGCAGUUGCAGGUCAAAUCUCUGGAGGCUAAAAUGCAGGAGCAGGUUAGCACAAUUCAGAGGAUGCACCGUGACUUUCAUGAAAAAAAAGAAUAUUUCCUUAAGGAGAACAGCAGCAUUACUGCUGAGAUAGACAAAUUAAAAACAGCAAACACAAAUCUCAAGAAACGUUUGCAAAAUCUUGAGUAUCAAGAAAGGACAACAGAAAGUCUGACACUGCAAAUAUUUUGGCUGGAAGAAAAAGUCAAAAAGCAAAAUUUCAAGAUUGUUCAUAACAAAGCUCUCAUAGAUGAACUUUAUGAACAUCUUAAAAUGAAAAGAGAAAUAAUUAAUAAUCUUAAGGAUGAGCUGAGACGGGAGGAGGAAGAAGAAAUAUUAGCUGCUGUUCACAACAUCACUGGUGAACCUCUGCAGCUGGAGAAUUUUGCUCCUGAACCCGAGGAGCUUGUUUCUCCUGUCUCAGAACCAUCUCCUGAUGUGGUCCCGACACAGGAGAAUUUUGCUCCUGAACCCGAGGAGCUUGUUUCUCCUGUCUCAGAACCAUCUCCUGAUGUGGUCCCGACACAGGAGAAUCUUGCCCCUGAACCCGAGGAGCUUGUUUCUCCUGCCUCAGAACCAUCUCCUGAUAUGGUCCCGACACAGGACAAUCUUGCUCCUGAACCCGAGGAGCUUGUUUCUCCUGCCUCAGAACCAUCUCCUGAUGUGGUCCCGACACAGGACAAUCUUGCUCCUGAACCUGAGGAGCUUGUUUCUCCUGCCUCAGAACCAUCUCCUGAUGUGGUCCCGACACAGGACAAUCUUGGUCCUCAACCCGAAGAGCUUGAUUCUCCUGUCUCAGAAGCAUCUCCUGACGUGGUUCCGACUAGUGGUUCAUGGCGUCAUGGUGCCAAACGCCUACUUAAAAUAGGUUUAGGCGUUGCCGCAGUAGGCCUUAUUAUACCUGCAGCUUACUGGGGCUUUUCAAAGCUUAAUAGUGAUAGCCUAUUUAACUCUGUCUGUGGCCUCCUUGAGCCAUAUUCCUACCUUGAUGAUCGAUUAGUCCCUUUUUAAAGACUAGUAAUGAUGGACUGCUUUUCAUCCACAGUCCAGAAAAUCAUACGUUGUUCAUGUUAGACAACAUGAGCAACAUUUAGCUAACUUGUGCUCUCAUUUUUCUUUUUUUUUGCCUCUCACCCCCCAACCAGUCGCGACAGAUGGCUGCC